AUGAUGAACCGGCUUUGCCUUUUCGCCCUUCUCGGCUUCCUGAGCAUCCUGGUGGCCGGAACCCAGGGGAAAAACACCCCUCCACCUCUCCACCACCCUACCCAGCACCCUCAGCACCAGCCUUGCCACCACCUUACCCACCACCCUUGCCACCACCGUAACCACCAACAUAAGCCCUCGAUCAGCUCUCUUCUGGUGAUUGGGGCAGAAAAUGCAGCCACAACACAGUCACCAACAAGUGGAUCCCUACCUGCGGUCCAGCGCCGCCAACUUGCAUCCCGCCGAGCUCCACUACCGUGCAAGAAGCCUAGCCUCCUAGAGGAGUUUUCUUUUGUCCCUCCUGCCUUCUGCCUGGAGCCUCCCUAUGUGGGUCGCUGCAGGGCCAUGAUAUGCAGGUACUUCUACAACGCCACCUCGGCGCAAUGUGAGACUUUUACAUAUGGUGGCUGUAGACAGAAGAAGAAUAACUUCAUCAGCAAGGAGGAGUGCCUGAAAACCUGCCUUGGGGAGGGGGCUGCACUCCAGGAGAUCAAGCCACACGUGCUGCCCUGAGAUGCUGAAGUCUGGGGAGGCCCCAUGCAAGGCGGGGCUGUGGCUGCCUUCCCAAGUAGUUCAGCCUCCUUGUCUGAUCCCUUCUCAACCCACCCCUCCUCAGUAGAACCCUGCCUCUUUCCUCCUCCCCCUGGUCUACUUGUUCCUUCUCUGUCUUAUCCAGUAGGCUCCAAGCACCAUGAGAGCCAGAACUGUAUGCCUGUGUUUUUCUCAUCACAUUAU